AUGUAUAGAAAUUUUGGUUAAUCCUAUCAAGCUAUGAAUAUUAUUCAUGAAGAAAAUGGUAAUUAAUUAUGGUUAGGUGAUUACACUGCUGCUUAAGAUAAACUUACACUUGAUAAAAAAGGAAUUAGAACUGUCUUAACAGUUGCAUCUUAACUUAAUAUCAAAUAUAAUGAUUAGAAUAUCAAUCAUAAAGUAUUUUAUAUUCAAUAUAUUAGACAUAUUCAAUACUUGAUUCAGAAUAAGCAAAUGUGGCUUAAUUUUUUGAUGACUCUUUUUAUCUUAUCAAAAAUGGAUUGAAAUCUGGAUCUGUUCUAGUACAUUGUGCAGCUGGAGUUUCUAGAUCAGCAUCAAUUGUUAUAGCAUAUCUAAUGAGAAAUAAAGAUUUAACAUAUUCUGAAGCUUUCUCUUAUGUUAAGAGUAAAAGAUUUGUCAUUUGUCCAAAUAGUGGUUUUUAACGAUAAUUGAAAAAUUUUGAGAAAUUAUUAAAACAACCGAAAGAUAAUCUAAAAUUAUCUGCCUAAUUAGACUCAGAAGAUAAUCAAAAUUGUAUUAUUCAAAAAAUCCCUGGUACUCAAAUUGAUAUAAAAAAAUCUGAACCCCCUAUUAAAAUUGCAAACGAAAAAAAAUCUGAUAAUCUUGUUCAAAAUGAACUCACAUAAACUAUUAGAAAUAAUGAUUUAUUCGCUAAUAAAAAUGAUUAGAAAUUAGAAACCAAAUCCAAUUUUAAAGUAUAAAAUAAUUAUAGAAAUUGUAUGCUCACUUCCAAAUUUAAUAAUACAAAGACAAAUAUCCAAUAACAUAAGAUCAAUUUAUAAAAUAUGCAAACAUCCUAUAAUUCAUCUUAUGCUGGCCCAUAAAUUGUUACACAUGCUUAAAAUAAGUUAUUUGAUAAAUAACCUUUAUCUAUUCUUCCUGGCAUUUCAGCUAAGUCUAAUUUGAUUAAUUAUACUAUGAAUAAUAGAAGAAACUUAUGA